GACGCCGGGUGAUUCUGACGCUCGCGAAGGACUUAGCUUGUCUUUCUCAAACCGAUAGCAUUGGUGAUGCUAGCUGUGCUCGUGUCUGCAACGAAUCUCCUCAAAGAGCCAUGUACAUAAGCCACCUGUUUCUGCAGGGGGACGGAGGCUAGCCGACUUUAAAUUUCCAGCUAACUUCAGCUUAGCAUUCCCCAUGUAGCGUUCGUAUAGCAUUGGAUAAUGGAGCUACAUCAAGGAUUAGCCGCUUUGUUCUAUGCUGGAUUUAUCUCUGCUAGUACGAAACAUUAUGGAUUUUAAUAUACUGCGAGGAUUCAAUGACAAUGCCUUGAUGCAGCUAGCAGGUUUAACCUAGGAUGAGUGGAUGCUGCAACUGGGGGAUAUUUGACCGAUUGGCUUGGUGUUUGUCCAAAAGCGUAUCGCCCCCACGAAGAUGCAGCUACUGUCAAAGGGUUAUGUUCUUCAAGUACUACAGAUGUCGACAUUGCAGAUACAAGUGUCACAAGAAAUGCGCCGGUUCGUCCAGCCAGAAAUGCAAACGUACAUCUUCCAUUCAUGCUCAUGCUCAGUGCCAAAAGGUUCCCAUUACUGGGGACGACCACUGGUCGAAAUUACUUCAGGCCAACGAGGUCAACUCGAAUGUUGUGGUGGUGCCGGACGACGGUCGCCACUACUGUCAUCACCCAUCAAGCAGACGACGGAAACGUCAUAUCUCGCGAGAAUCGAAAUCGUCCACGGACUCCGCCAAUAUAUUCUCAAAUCUAUACGACAAAUUCUGUCAAUGGAUAGCUUCCAGGAGAAAGGACCACCCGGAUAAUGUUUCCAUGUGCUCAAGUGGUGCGGCUAGCACCCGAUUCGACUGUUCAUACGAGGAGGUGUGCGACAGCCUCCAAGGGUUCUCCUUCUCCCAGUCGCAUUAUUUACCAGACGGGGGAGGGGACCAUCACGGCCAUCAUGAACGGCGCGUCUCUCCGACAGACACAGACUUAUUUUGGUAUCAACGGACUAGGCAGUCAUCCAUCAGUUCGACGUACGAAGUUUGUAGUGUAGCCAGUUAUUCCACUUCCACCUCUUAUAGUGAAAUUUUACAUGACCGAGAACGAGAAUUCUUUAGUUUUGGCGAAGGUUCUCGGAACCUUGUACCGGAAUAUGUGUUUGAUUGGCAGAAGUCGAAUGAGAAGUAUCUCAGUCUGUCUCCUGCCGCCGUACAUGGUGCAUUGGUGAACACUUUUAGUUGUCCGCCAAAAACCACUAAGACUUUACCCGUCCAGAAACGCCGUGGGACACAGGAGUCCCUCUGCGCAACGUGGCCACCAUCAGGAAGAAAACUUUUUGCUCAAGAUGAUGACGAUCUCGAUGCCUCACUCUUCGAUGAAGUAUUCAUCUCCACGCCCGACACGCCACACAAAGAGAAAGACCCCAAAGCAGCUCUCAGGGAAAGCCUCGGCGAAUGCAGUAUUCCCUACAAUGACCUCCGGAUAGGAGAAUGCGUAAGGGUGGGGAGAAAUAGGGCCAUUUAUAAGGGUCACUGGCAUGGGGAAGUCAUGAUCCACGCUUACGAAGGCAUUGAAGACGAUCAAGUACAAGCUUUCUGGGAAGAGAUUGCCAAGCUGAGUAUGAUCCGACAUGAGAAUAUAGCCUUAUUCAUGGGAGCCUGUAUAGAACCGCCACAUCUAGCUGUCAUCACUAGUGUCCGGAAUGGCGCAUCUCUCUACGAACAAAUCCACAUCAAAAGAGAGCGAAUGGGCCAGCACUCUCGGGUCAACAUCACUCGGCAGAUCGCCCAGGCCCUCGGGUACCUCCAUGCCAAGGGUAUCGUGAUGAGGACCCUCAAUUCACAGAACAUCUUCUUGGAGUCCAAGGUGAAGAUUUGCCUCAUGGACUAUGGAAUGGCCGAGAGUAGAAAUGACAGAGAAGACUAUGGGUGUAUCCCUCGCGGCCACCUGACGUAUAUAGCACCGGAAUGUUUGUCAACGAUGUACAUAGAACCACCAAGACUCGUCCAGGUUCAACCAUUCAUCAAGGCGACCGACAUAUUUGCAUUUGGUACUGUUCUCUAUGAGUUGAUGUGCGGACAGUUCCCGUUCCACGGUUGUCACGCUCAAGCCCUCAUAUACGGGGUCUGUAAAGGCAAACGGACGCCUCUGAAACACCUCAGAUGUUCAGUGAAAAUCAAGAACCUUAUCAGAGACUGUUGGUCGGAAACGCCCAAAUACAGACCAGAUUUCUCUCACAUCAAUAGGGAAUUAAAUGACAAUGCUGCUCUUCACAAACGCCACAGUUCAUCUGAGCCUGAGCGGAUGAACCGGGUAGGGUCGCUGGCAAGGGCGGGAACAAUAAAAUAUCGUUGAGGUAACCAGGCCGUAUACUGGAGAAAUUAGACCGAGCAGUCCCCGAGAUCUGGCUUCAGUCGACGUUGCAAUACGUUGGUAUAGGACAACUCAAAGGAAGAGCUCAAUGAGUUGGCUCGCGGUAAUGAGAGGAGAUGAGGCUGUUUACCCGUGCCCAGUCGUCUAAAGCGGCUGUGGUGAGUUGACAUGGGGACUAGCAAAGGAUAGUGUAGGUACAUGUGGCUGGAUUGUACCAAGGAUUUUGGGCAUGACACUCGGAUGUCGAAACAGAGCUGAAAUGGUUGCGAGUGUCAUCGUUAUUUACCAUUUGUAGUGGCUUUGGAUACAGUUAUGAUGUUUAAAUGCAUAUCAUGCAAUGGAGAAGUGUUUUAAAGAUCAAUGGUGCGUAACAGCAUGUUUUCCCAUUGCCCUAACUGAAUUGGCGAUUUUUGAAGUUAGUCCAAGAUGGCGUUAAAGAAGCAUGAAUUGCAAAAAUAAAGCAGCACGAAAGAUUGCCGAUUUCAGUAGGAUAAGGAUGGCCCAAGUUAGGACUUUAAUGCUGUGAUGGCUGCGUUGAAUGCAGACUGUAAGACGGGUGUAGUAAUAGGACAAAAGAAUGCAGGGAGCAGUGCAAUAGUUUAGAAGAUGAAAAUGGCUGAUGCAUCCAUUUUCAUGUUAAAUUGACGAAUUGUUUUGAAUGACAAGAAACAUUUCACGAUGGCUUGCUGCCAGACAUGGACAAAUUGGUGGGUUGGAUUUAUCCAACUGUUCUUUAUCAAAAUUAAAUGUCAAAUUGACAUUGCAUUUUUCCUGAGACGUGCAUGGAACUAUGCAGUGUUGUGCCUUUUAGCUGUGAUGGUGUUAACUUAAGGCAGAGUGUGAUGGUAUCGAUUUGUCAAAGUUUUUGUUGACGGAGAAGAGGUUUAUUGCCAUGUUUCAUUGAAUUCCAUCUUACAAGUUAGUAGUCAGGUGCAGAAGACGUAGUGUGCAUUUAAGUCACCAUGGUAACGCCAAAGUAUCCAGUGCAAGCAAGGCGGCUACAAAAAGGGUAAAAAUAUUAUCUUUUUCGAUCAAAUCUAUUGCACCAAGGGUAAAAGGGUAAAAGGAAGGAAACUCACUGAUGGGAUCCUUAUGGCAGUUUUCAGAUUAUCUGAUAUGGAAGUUGAAUAUAUCAACAUAAAAUGCUUCAUGUUGACACCUUGUCUGCGGAUAUACACCUGUUUGAUGGAAAUUGGUAGAAACCGGGCACAGCUUUGACUCACUGAAGCAUAACAUGGACAGGCGGAGAAGAUGGUUUUGGAAAGGAUUUUACAAAGAGGACCACUGCUUGUGAUGCAGAAUGGUUACCGUGAAUGCAACUCUUGGUUAUAUUGAUGCAGUACUCCGUUGUUGACUGCAGCAAUGGGUGAUGUAAUGCAACUUGGUUGUUGCAAUUUUGGCUGUUGUCUGUGAUUAAAGUGCUUAAAGAUGCACAUGCGUUUUUGUGCAUUGGAUAAUCUGUGGUGUUUGUAAAUACACAUGUAUACGUGGUUUUGUCACCCAGGAGAAUCGGGUACCGAGAAUUAUUUUUGUGUGCGUUUUUCUACUCUAUGUGAUCAAUGACAUUUUCUACGUUAAUGUGCAGCCGCGCUAGAGUCAAACGAAUGUGAUGAAAGUGACUAUGUCUCGUGAUGAAAACUUGAAAAGCUAUCUGUUUGAAACUUUGGUACACUUAGUUUUAUUAAGAUGUUUAAUUUGUCACACUCUUGGUGGUGGGUUUAUAAGUUCUUUUCUCUGUUCAUUCAGAAUGUGCAUUGAAAUGUAAGUUUAUAUGUUGUAAAAUGGCUCAUUUCGUCGCCUAACUGACAAAUCGAAGAACGCGUAAAUGAAAUUUGCAGCUAAACAUUUUGAAGGGCAUUUUGUGUUGGAUGUCGAUGUACAUGUACAAUGUAAGUCUUUACUCUUCUGAAGAGUUUUAGCUUCUAUCGAUUGCUUUCAUUAGUUUUAUGUUCAAUAUGUGAAAAGAACUGCCUUCACAUAUGUAUUGAGAAGAGUAAACAUUAACAUUGUAAGCUUUUGAGCUAAAGUUACUAAAAUGUUCUAACGCAUAGAUGUAUAGUGUUGUACGAUAUCAAAAAUACGAUACAUGUAUUAAAACUCGCCUUGAAUAUUUUUGAUGAUAUCAAUGUUUUUUUUAAAGGCAGGUUAAAAGAUCGUAGGUGAGAUCAUGAGGCCUGCACUCCAUAGCGCUUGUAAUCAGAUCGGAUGUUUAUUCACAUACAUAAACAACCUUGGGUGUGGUUAAUGUACGACUUGGACUACAUGUACUCUAACGGUGAUUGGCUGCCCAAAAGGCGCUCCGUUGAUUUUGGACCGAUGUCCCCGGCGGUGUAUUGAUGUACCUGACAGCUAGUUUCCCAAACCACUGCCUGGUUUUCGGCCUGGUUUAGCUCGUGCAUUUUAGAGCUGAGGUGGUCAUGUUAGACUAUCGUAAAGAUUGUUGGCAUUCUCUUGCCUACAGCCUACAUGGGAUUUAGCAGAUUCGCACGAUAGUUUUGCCGUUAGGGUAAACUUAAUGUUCAUAUCAUCCCGUUUGACUGCUUUUGGGGAACUAUUCACUAUCACGAAAAUCGAAUCCGCUGUAUAGGAACGUUUGAAGGGAAUAUGAGACAAAGAGGUAACAGAAUGCGCCGGAUAUAUAAGGCCCGAAGAGGUUGUGCUUCUGACUUUUGUAAAUACAAAUGUAUGACAUAAUUCGCGCUUCCACACAUUCAGAAUUAAAGCGAAGCAAAUACAAUGCAACGUUAUAUUUCUGUGUUAGAAUCUUGGUUAAGAUUUUGAUGUGCCAAUAUUGUUUGUACCUCAGUUUCAGGAAUGGUAUUUUUGUAAUGUUAUGUACUUAAAAACUCUCUGGGUAUCUUACUAUUGUCAAAGACGUGUUGUCUUCAUUGGUUGUUUCUAUAUGAAAAGAUUGCCGUUAUUUUCAUAUCAAUGGGUGUACACAUUCAAAGGCGGCUGAUUUCUUUCGUUCUCUGCCAAUAGAUGGCGUCAGUCAAUGGAUUUGGCAAAUAGCAACUAAGCUUCGCUGUUUUAAAGAGGCGGUAUGUUUGACUAGGUGAGGUAUGACAGACAGGGGCAGGGCGCUUGAAGCCAGAUGUACAUGUAGCAAUAGCAUUGCUUGAAAAGGCCAGCUGGACGCCACCUUUCGACAGAACGCGAGAGUAGUCGGCAAAUAUUGUUAUGUAGUGUUAGUGAACACAAUGAAAUGCAGUUUUGUGAGGUUGUUAUUUUUUUAACUUUCUGCUGUAAAACAAUUUGCACGAUAAUUGAAAAUCUGAGAGAUGCGGAAUAAUGAAUUAUAACAAGACAAAAUAUAUUUCGCCACACAAACGAACGACGAAUCACGAGGGUACAUGCAUGUGUACAAAACGUGUUUUCGAGGAGCAGCUUCAAAGAUCCCCCUGAAACCAUUAACAAUACGCACCCUAUCAUAGGAUAGGAAGAGCGAAAAUUAAAUUCGCGAUAAUAUUGAUGACACCACAGACCUUCGUUCUUCGUCGUUCGUAAAACGAAACCUGCCGGCGUCGCACCAAACAUUUGACAUUGGUUUUGGGUGUGGUCAGGCGUUUUCGGUUUUCUGAGGGUUGUAUUCGAAGAUACGAGAAGGCCACUUUGUCUGAAGGUGCGCUAUACGAUUCGAACUAAGGGCCUGUGUGCCUAGGUUUGAUAUUGGUGCGAUGUCAGCGAUUUCUGUCAACGAACUCGGAACUCGAACAUGCGAAGUCGCGAAUUUCGUACUAGAUCACGUGUAUUGCGAGAUAGUAUAAGUCGUAUAGAUACACCUUUAAUUGGCAGAAAUAGCUCCAGCCUAUAGUCACCCAUUAAGCGCAUUUGAUGCGCACCAAGACUAAGAAUGUCAAACAAUAAACCAUGACAACAGAAUCCCAGAACAAGUCUAUGAUGUCCGUAACUUUUUCAUCAGAAAUGUCGUAUUUUUUCUAAUUUGGCACUUGUUGGAAUAACAAUUACACAGGCAUUGGCCAUAUACCGUUCAAAGAAUUUGUAUCAAUUUUUCUAUUUUGUAUUAAAAACUCUGAGGACCCGAUGGUAAUUUUUGGAUCAACAAACUUUUUGUACUUGUCAUCGUUUAUGUAGUGACGUCAUCCCGAGUUAUUGCCCCACGUGAUCGAGCAACUGUACAUUUAUAUUUACGAACUUAUGUUCCAGUGACUCUCUUCUUUAUGCCGCCAGGGGCGCGAUUGAAGGGUAAUCUUCUGGUGGCCAUUCUGUUGUUUGUACAGUCAACUUCGGUGGCGUAGUUCUUUUAUAGUAAUAAUGUAAUGUUAUUUAUAUAUCUAAUAAACAC